AUGGUUUUUUCUCAGACAUCCUCUCUGGCAGUAAAGCUUGCACAAGGACCCAAGCUCUUUACUACAAAGACAAUUCUCCCCAUGGAUCCCCCGGGCGUUGUCUCCUCUGAAAAUGCUGAAUAUGAUUUCUCUGAUGUUUUUGGUUCCAGUCCAGUCGAGACAGCAACAGAACUUUGUGUUGUUGAUCCUGACAGCCCUGCAGCUCCCGUUGAGUCCCCUGAGGAGGUUUAUAAUGAUCCUGCGGUCAUCUUCAAGCGGUCACAUUCUCUUGUUGGUCCAUCAUCACUUGUUAGCUGCUCUUUGGGACUUGGCAAGCUCACUCUAAACAUAGCAGAUGGAUCAUCAGAACUUGUAGGUCACACUACAGAAGAAAAGGAACUUAACCUAGAGCAGUUCAGUGAUGAAGAGUUUGGUGAUGCCGUGACUGAGGAUGAGGGUGUUGGGCUUGAUGACUUUGAAAUCUUGAAGCUUGUAGGCCAAGGGGCAUUUGGCAAAGUCUUUCAGGUGAGAAAGAAGGGUACUUCAGAAAUAUAUGCAAUGAAAGUCAUGAGGAAGGACAAGAUACUGGAGAAAAACCAUUCCGAGUACAUGAAAGCUGAAAGAGACAUACUGACAAAAGUUGACCAUCCUUAUGUAGUGCAGCUGAGGUACUCCUUUCAGACCAAAUAUCGACUUUACCUUGUCCUGGACUUCGUAAACGGGGGGCAUCUCUUCUUUCAGCUCUACAAGCAAGGAUUAUUUAGGGAGGAACUUGCACGAAUCUAUACGGCUGAGAUUAUAUCUGCUGUAGCCCACCUCCAUGCUAAUGGGAUUAUGCAUAGAGAUCUUAAGCCCGAGAACAUCCUAUUGGAUGCUGAAGGCCAUGCCAUGCUAACUGACUUCGGCCUUGCGAAAGAAUUCCGUGAGAACACCCGAUCAAACUCGAUGUGUGGCACUCUCGAGUAUAUGGCCCCUGAAAUUAUUCAGGGCCAGGGGCAUGAUAAGGCCGCAGAUUGGUGGAGUGUAGGAAUCCUCCUGUUUGAAAUGCUGACGGGCAAGCCCCCGUUUGUUGGGAACAGAGACAAAGUUCAGCAGAAGAUAGUGAAGGAGAAGUUGAAGCUUCCUCCGUUUUUGACUAGUGAAGCUCACUCACUGCUGAAAGGAUUGCUGCACAAAGAGGCCGGCAAGCGGCUGGGAACCGGACCUGGCGGCAGCGACGAGAUAAAGAAGCACAAGUGGUUCAAGCCGAUCAACUGGAGGAAGCUGGACGCCAGGGAGAUCCAGCCGAGCUUCCGGCCCGACGUCGCCGGCCUGACCUGCAUCGCCAACUUCGACGUGUGCUGGACCAACACGCCCGUGCUGGACUCCCCGGCCGCCACCCCCGUCACUGCCGGCGGCGGGCAAGGCAACUUCGCGGGGUUCACCUACGUCAGGCCCGCGCCGUUCCUCCAUGACCUGAAGCCGCCCUCGAGCUCUAGCUAG